CCGAUUACUACCGAACAUUUUACAUAAGUCGUCGGAGAAGAUCGGAUUAGUAUCCUAACCUGAAAAUGGCGGAUGCAUGCAAGAAAAAAGAUACUGAUUGCCAUGAGGACCAUGAGGACUGCAAAACGGUUGACAUUUUUGAGGCCUCACAAUGCGGGUUGGUGAACAAUAUUAUUAUUAUUAUUAUCUUCUUGAUUCUUUUUUCUUUCUGACAGAAAUUUUGAUCUUCUAGUGGGAUUGGUGAUAUGUAAGCUAAAUUAUGAAUGUUCCUUGUAAGCUUGUAAGAUCAGAGUUUAGGCAAAAUUUUUCGUAUAAAUCUUACAGUUUCCUGACUACCAUUCUUAGUCUUAUUCCUUUAGUAUCGGUCCCUUCACUCCCAAAUGUCGGAAGUGCAGCUGGUCAGGUUGAUCCGUUUGUUGAUUGCUGUCUAUAUUCCAUUUUUUAAAUUUAUUUCCACAUAAAAGACAUAUUCCUGUUAAAAAUGUUAUAGUAUCAUUUUCAUUAAUCUUAAAUUUAUUGAUGUGAACAUGAGCAAGGAGUGAGGGAAGGAUCGUUGAAGUUUAAUACUGGCUUGAAUUAAAAUAAUGUACCGUAAGUUAUCUUUAUGAAACAGGUGUCCUUUAAUUCUACCUUUUAGUCUCCGUCUAAUGAUCGUAGUCUCGGCCCCAGUUGUUCAAAAGGUAGAUAACGUAAUCCAGUGGUUUCAGUGGAUGACGCAGUUGGUUUUCCUAAUGUCUCUCCAUUGGANCCUGUUAAAAAUGUUAUAGUAUCAUUUUCAUUAAUCUUAAAUUUAUUGAUGUGAACAUGAGCAAGGAGUGAGGGAAGGAUCGUUGAAGUUUAAUACUGGCUUGAAUUAAAAUAAUGUACCGUAAGUUAUCUUUAUGAAACAGGUGUCCUUUAAUUCUACCUUUUAGUCUCCGUCUAAUGAUCGUAGUCUCGGCCCCAGUUGUUCAAAAGGUAGAUAACGUAAUCCAGUGGUUUCAGUGGAUGACGCAGUUGGUUUUCCUAAUGUCUCUCCAUUGGAUAGUGAUUUUAAAUGUAUCUGUUAGGUAGCACUAUCAAACAUUUGAACAACUGGGACCUUUGGGUUUACAAUAUUUUUUGGUCUGAAAGAGGGUCAGGAUUUGGAAAAGUGGGUGGCACAUCCCCAGCAAGAACAUCUCAGGAGUACCCCCCUGGUGGGGGCAGAUAAUACCCUCAGAGAUCUGCAUUGGGAGUACAUGUGUACCCCAACCACUUAUCCAUUACUGUUUUUUUUUUUGGGACCUCACAGGGACACCAAGAUGUGCAGAGAGCUUGUUGGCCAGCAUGGCGUAAAAAUUCUAAACACAUACGACAGCCAUGGACAUACCCCUUUACACUGGGCAGCCCUAGGGGGAUACAGUGAAUUGAUUAAGUUUUUUUUGAAUUGCGGAGUUGAUGUAAACAGACAAAGCCGAUCUGAUUAUGGACCAUACCCUAUUCACUGGGCGUGCGUUAAUGGACAUAUCUUGUGUGUAGAUCUUCUUAUUCAAAAUGGUGCAUCAAUAGACUGUACAGACAACAAAGGUUGUACGCCACUUAUUAUUUCGGCUCAGUAUGGCAAGGCAAUGCUGGCUGGAUACCUUAUAGGAAAAGGUGCAAAGAGUUUUUUCACAGAUCAUGAAGGAGAUAACGCUUUACAUUGGGCAUGUUUUAAAGGUGAGCACUUUUUGACUUUUUAUGGACACAGAAUGAAUUCUAGCCUGCACCACAGACAAAUCUUAACUGUGGUUGAGUUCGUGUGCACAACAGCACUGAAAUCCUUGUUCUGGGCCCCACCUCAGUGUACCAGGAUUUUAAUAUGUGCCAUCAGUGGCCUGUAAAAAAAACAGUGUGGAUUUGCGAACCAAGAUGAAAGAAAAUUUUUAAAAAACUUCCUGCAAUCUGUUGAGUCUGUAGGGGGCUCAGACAAAGAUGUCAGAACUACAUCAUAGACAUUACUGAUCGGGGUUUGAUUGUACAUCUGCAACACAGGCUAAAUGAAUUCUUGAGACAAAAAAUGUGGUGUUCACAUGAGAGUCUGAAGGAGACCUUGGCAGCAACCAUUCAUAGGCAAAAUCUCUCAGAAUAAAUAUUACUCUUUCAGUAUUUUGUGAAACUCUUUAACAGUAGAUAAGGAUGGGGAAGGUGCUUGUAAAACUGUUGAAAUCAUGUACUGACGACUAGCACAGAGGGUAACCAUGUAAAUCCUGAAAAUCGAAAGUAAAUUGUUCAUUUAUAAGCAUUAUUGGCAUCUUUCAUCAUCCAGGGUGCAUUUCCACUUAACACUGAUUGUAAGGGUACAUAAGUGUUCUGAUUUAGAACUGUAAUGUUAAUAAUUUUCAGUUGUGAAUCAGGGUGCCCUCACCAUUCCCCCCCAACCUUACCUAUCUAAAUAGGCUGUUGGUAAUGUUUUGUGGUACAUGCACUUGGCUUUACCACAAAAGAAAUUGCCCGGGAACUCAUUCUACGUCAUAUAACUGGUAGAUAAAAAAUUUGUACUAAAUUUUACCUCUUAAUUGUAUGUAGUUUAUUUAAUCAGUAGCUUUUUCAAAUUUCCACACAGUUUAGGGUUAAAGGGAAAAUGUGUGAAAGACUAGAAAGGUGGGAAUUAUUACCAAGGAAAGAUACUUCUCAACCAUGUAAAAGUUUGGACCCCCUUAUCACAAAUUCCCUGAUCUGCAACUGAUUACAUGUUAAUUGAAGUCAAGGGCAAGUUUGUAGCUGUAGUAUUGUGAAAGUACAUGUCUGUAUAUCUUAUUAGGAUGAAACCUCUCUUGAUAGGCCAUAGUGAAGUUGUGCAGUUAUUGCUGUAUUCUGGGUUUGAUCCGAAGCAGAAAGAUAGGUUUGGACAGGUUUGUUGUAAAACUUUACUGUGUAAUAAUUUUGCUUUAUGUUAAUUGAGUAGUGUGCUCAAGAUCUCAUUGUAGCAGAUAUUCUCAAAGUGAUUUACUGCAUACAUGACUAUGUAUUACUAGAUUCAUUUAACUAUUUUUUGCUGAUUGUCAUAAAUCCUCAUAUCAUACGCAGCCUCAUUCAGUAAGUUAAAGUAUAGCGGUACAUUUUUUUUCUAGGUGAAAAUACAGGAAAUAUUGACCACCUGCCUGACUUUGCUAUUCUUCUACUCUAAAUUACAUGACAAUGUCAUAGCUUGAGCUUUCUUACCUCAUAUUAAGCAAGCACAUUAUAUUCACUUAAUAUUGAGAUAUGUCACAAAACAGCAGAAAUUGUUUAUGGUCCCAGCUUUGUAAUACCUUAUUACAUGAAAUUUUUGGCGACAUGUUAAUUUCGCGAUUUUAUGAUGCACCUGUUUCGCCACACUUAAAUUUUGCGAUUUUGCAAAAUUUUUUGUACUUUGAAUCACUUUAAUUUCGCGAUCUUUAGUAAGACGCUAUUUAUUUAACUUAUCCUUGAAGCAAAUAGAACAACUUCAUUUACAAUAACGUCAAAAUUUAUAACAAGAGAUGCAGCUCGACGGGUGUAUAUGAGAACAGUUACAACAAAGUUCUAACAAUUUCCACAAGAAUUUUACGCUUGUUAGUUAGUUUUAGUCAAUUGACAAUGAUCUCCAUAGUCAUUUGCAUAAAUUUGUCCUUUCUUCAUUAUUCGCUAUUAUUGAUAUCUUGUCAUUCACUUAAUUUUCCUGUCAUGUUAUGUUCGCAACACUUAUUGUUCACAUCACUUAAAUUUUGCAGUUUUAAAAAAAUUGCAUAAUUCACAAAAUUAAAGUGUUGUGAAAAUUUCAAGUAAUAAGGUACAGUUGAACCUCAAUGUGCAACCAUCUCUCUUAAGUAACCAUGUCUCGUAAGUAUUCACCUAUCAAAAACACUAAAAUUUUCCCAGUCAAAUCCCUAUUAUUAAAACCUCUUGUAAACAAUCACCUCUCAUAAGCGACUGUGACUGAUGGCCCAACGUUUUUGUUUUCUAUUGUUUUUAACCUCUUGUAAGCAACCACUUGAUGUGUUAUAUGGCCUCUGUUCACUGUAUGUACUUCCCUUCUCAGAUUAUAACAACAGAUUGAGAGAUUUGUAGUGUAUUAAAAUAGAUAUUUAGCUUGUUUAUGUUAACUGGAAGUAUACAUAUUAGACAUCCCACAAUGCCAUGCUUGCUUGGUUGUGAGUGUUGUGCAGACCAGAGAAGCAUGUUGGAUGCAUGUUUGGUUUUUGUUGAAAUCUUGUAGCAUUGUAGUGAUAAAGCAUUGAAUGGACAGGGCUUCUGAUAUUUCGCGCGGUCGCGGACCCGCGAAAUUCAGGUAUUUCCGCGAAAUCCCGCGAAAAUUCCCAAAAAAACUCGAAAUACCGCGAAAUCUGCCAGAAAUAUUUCCAAAUACAUGUCGGCAAAACAUAUUUUAUACUUAUCUUGGCUAUAAGACCUGUUUUAUUCACCCCAAACGUCCAAAUUUAUCUUGAAACUUCGUCAGUGCAACGAGUAAAAAACGUCUCAAAACAACCAGGCAUUCUUAGAUGAACGUUGCAAAAAACUGGGCACUAACCAUAAUGUUAACGGCUUUAGCAUUCGCUCAUUUCUUGAGCGAACUGUUGUUGAAAGAGCAAAUGAUUAUCCCUGUUAAAAAAAGUUAAACAAUGCUGGUCAUAUCGACACAAAAUUGAUCGAUUUUAGUGAAAUUUGCCAAAACAAAUCCAGCAAAAUCGGCUGUUUUUUACUGAUUGUUGCUUGGCGAAGUUUCCCCCCAAAUUUCCCGUGAAAUCGGCUGAUUUUUCUAAGAAUUUACCCCGAAAAUCCUUCGAAAUUUGACUUUUUUCCGCUAAAAUCCCGCGAAAUCGGCCGAUUUUUUUGUGAAUUUUGACUUUUCUCCCGCGAAAAUCCCGCGAAAUCGGCCGAUUUUUCCGCGAAUUUUGACUUUUUUUCCUGCGAAAAUCCCGCGAAAUCAGCUGAUUUUUCUGCAAAUUUACCCCUGAAAAAUCCCGCGAAAUUUUGCGUUUUUUUCCGCGAAAUAUCAGAAGCCCUGAAUGGAAUUUAACAAGAUUGACAGUGAUCUGUCACUUUUAUGGCUAAUGGGAAACUUUUCUUUGACUGUUAGUUACUUCUGUAAAAAAGAUAAAAGUUCAAUGCCAGUUUUGUUCCUAAGAGUUGUUUUGGAGCCUUUUUAUCUGCUUUAUGUGCUAUUUUGAAAAAUUCUCAACUUGAAUCUGACUUUUGCCAUUAGCCAUAAGCAUGACUCUAAAUCUUUCUGAUGACAACAUGGAACUAUACUUGUACCGAUAACUUAGAAAUUGCAUGCAAUAAAUUAUUUUCUAAAAAAGAGAUGUUUCGGGGCCUCCCUCUUGAUUCUCGUAAACAACCACCUCUUCGCAUUUUGUUGUGGUCCCUUAUGGAAGUUUGACUGAAUUAUUGAUGUCCAUAUUUUGUGUGAAUUUGUUAUCCAACUCUUGGCGAUCGUGCAUUCCAUUCAGCUGCACCUUAUCUCUGGAAUACAUUACCUUCGGCAAUUCGCAACAUGAAGACAUUGGACACUUUUAAGACUGCUGUUAAAACUCAUUUUUUCAAUUUAGCUUUUAAAUAGAUUUAAUUGUUGGCCUUUAUAAUAGGGUUUUAUUAUUAUUAUUAUUAUUUAUUUAUUUAUUUAUUUAUUUUUUAUUUAUAGUUUUUAAUACUUUUUAUUGUAGUUUUUAAUAGUUUCUCAUGCUUUAGUCACCUUUGAUAUAAAUUUAAUAUAACAAUAUUGUAAGCGCAACUGAAUAUAUUCAUAAUAGAGGUUUCCACUAUAUAAAUGUAAAUUAUUAUUAUUCUUAUAUUUUUGGUACAGACACCUCUUCAUCUGGCAUGUCUUAGUGGGGACCUAACCACGGUUGAACAUAUAGUUGAUAUGGUAGGCACUGAAUACUUACUUCAGCUUCAUGGUCCUCAAAAAAAACCUGUACGUGUUAUUCUGAGGCAUCCUUUUUUUAAAUACUCUUGGCAAUUAAAAAUCUUUUGAAACGGUUGUGUGGGGUGCUUGCUAGUUUCCACAAACCACCUAGGGGGAAAUCUUGUGCACAAAUUACAAAAAUCUAUAGAAUUUGAUUUGGUGGGAGAACUAUAUAUAUAAGUAUAUCCAAAUCUGCUAAACAGACUGAUAAGAGUAGAAAAGUUGCAUUGCAUCAAAUCACAGCCCAUAUUAUUUCUGAAGCUUCCCAAACGUAAUGGGCAUGAAGCAUUUGAUUUUCCAAUUGAAAUUUCCCAUUUUUCCGGCAGGUAAAUGGUAAGUAUCCAUGUUAUCUUUAUGGAGAAGUGAGAUUUUUGUGUCAAUUUAGGGUUUGACAAAAGUCCCAUUCAGUCAGCUGGGACAAGUAGAAUUCUUUACUUUCUGUACUCAAUUUUGUGAUGGGAAAGGGCCUGGGAAAGUUGUCUUCACAUACUAAAGUAAGCUUAGACAAGGGCUCAACUGCCUUUGGUAAGCAAUUCAAACCCUUGGAAUGUUCAUACUUUGUUCUGCCGUUAUUGUCUCAUGCUACAUGUAAUUUUUAUGUAAUGGAUAUCAAAGUUAAUCAACCUUUUUCAUCAUUCAUCUUUCCAUUAUACUUUUUUCCAUUACUUCUCAUAUUCACUUAUGUGCUCUCUGUGUACAUUUUUUUCUAGGAUGUAGCAUUAGAUGCCGUUGACAGUAAUAACAGAACUCCUUUGCGGCUGGCAAUGGGGAGAGAAUACAAAGAAAUUGUAUAUUUUCUACAAGGAAAACUCAACCGUAUUGUAUCCUGUAAAUUGAGGUGUGUUUCUUUUGUUAUUAAUGUAUACACCUUAUUCAAUGGUUUAGCAUAUAAUAUGUGCGGAUAUUUUGCGAGUAGUGUAGUAGUAAUACAAGCAAUGAGCAAAAUGUCUGCUUGUGUCAUAUGCUAAACCAUAGAAUAAGAGGUUUAUUAUUCCACUACAAAAAAAAUUGGUUAUUUUGCGAUUGGCUUGUUUUUUUUUGUAAGAGUAUUCAGAAACAAUCUGAUUCCGUCUGUGAGAAUGACGUUAACAAUGAGCAAAAUGUUUGCACGUUAGUAUAUGCCAAACCAUUGAAUGAGAGGUAAAUUAUUCUACUGCAAAGAAAGUGUUAUUUUGGCUUCUAUUUUCUAUUUUAUUAUCGUGUGCCGGUUCAUCCAGUUCAGCCAUAGUUGCUCCUUUUGCAUCUGCCGGUAUUCGCCCUGUUGUAAACCGGUUAAACCAGGACACUACAGUGUAUUACGGUCUCGUAUUUUGCACAUUCUGUUGUCCUUAUAUGGUAAAAUGACAUAAUAGUGGAACAAUAAUGUUAGUUAUGGACUGGAGACAGAACUGCUGGAGCAGAAUCGUACAAGCAUGCACUAAUUUAAAUUAUUAUAUGGCUACAAUAGUAUGCAUGCUCUGAUUAGCUGUUUUCUUGUAAUGACCAGGCAUUACCAGCUAGGUGUCCAAGGCACAUAAAAUCUGUGUUUAACUUGAUAUUGGACAUCUUUAUGGACAUCCAUGUUAUGGUCAAUUGUUGACAGCUGUCGAAAAGGUCAUCUGCUGACCAGUGUCAUCUGACUGUAUUUAUUUAUUUAUUUAGUCACUCACAAAACCUUAUACAACAUGAACAAAAGGUGUUAAUUAAAUUGUAAAAUUAAUGUGACAGGGAAGCCUAACGAAGCUUGAAGUUUACAUUAAUAGGCUUCCUUCAACUACCUAGUGAACUAAAUUCAUGGCUGAGUGCAGAGUGAGCAAGAUCAGAAAAUUAAACAACAGAUCGGCUAUCAGUGACAUAAUUCUUUAAAUUUUUUUAAAAACAAAUAUAGAAGGAGAGCUAAUUAGUGAAACAGGCAACAAAUACCAGAUUUUAGGUCCUCGGUAAAGGAUACUGAAUUGCUUUAUAUUUGUUCUAGGCUGCAAUUUUUCCUCAAAAUUGUUUUUUAAUGCCCGAAUAGCCUGUGUACAGCCACCUCCUCCCCUAAAAAAAUCCCUUUUCCCAAUUGCUUUUGAGGGGAAGUGGCAGCUGUACACAGGCUAGGCCCAUAGUGCUGUCAUGAGAUGUUUACAUGAAGUGCACAAGUAUAACAUGCCUAUAGAGCACGUGAUGCAAGAGCAAACAAAAUUUUUUGUGUCUCUUCCCAGUCUCACACUUUGUUUUCACCCUAACUCUAGAACUUUCGUAUGCCCACUCUUGACUUGCGCAAAAAAACAGGUUAUCCUCUUCUCGAAAACCAACAUUUCAACAUUCCACUUUGAUCAGGGAGAUGGAUACUGUUAGACAAAAAAACCACUAACUGGAUGUGCUGCAGCUUAAUAAUUGUUUAUUAGUUAUUAUGUUUAAUGUUAGUUUUCUGAAUAUAUUUAUUUAUCUAUUCUUUGCUUUCAAUAUCCAGGGACAUCGUAUUUGGCCCGCCUGGGAGAUCGAAGGCAGCAAUCUUAUUCUACUUUUGUAACCUGUUUCUCUGGGGUUAUCCUGUUUAUUUCUACUGGGUGAGUAUUUUUAAUUUUGUUAUAUUUUUACAACCAUGGAGAAGAAUUUUCACUGUACCUAAAUCUAAUAAAUUCAGGUAUAUCUCCGUAAUCACUGAUAUCAUCACAAUUAUAAUGAUGAGGUUUAUUUGUAAGAAGUCACUUUUAAAAAGCGAUUUGACAAACAGUUAAGAAUACUAAGAAAAGUUACCAUGCUGUGGAGUAUGCAUCUGGGCGUUAAAAAUUUAUAUACAGCGUCAUCACUAUUUUCAUUACACGUAUUAGGAAUGCGAGAGAGAAUGAAUGCAAUGAGAAUGUGAUGUAGUUUUAGUGACAACAUGAAGCUACACCUAUCGUAACACAGAAAUUGCAUGCAAUGAAUUCUCUUCCAAAAUAUAGAUGCACGGUCCUCUUUUAGGAAGGGACCCUCUAUAUUUCGAUUUUUAAGCAACCAAUAAAUCUUCACAUUUUCAGAUAGUGGAGAGUGGCGCAAAAUUGAGAGAAAAGGAAAAAUGCAGACGAACUACCCCCACCCCCUUGUUUUUUCCUGCUCGCUUUCCUUUGCACCUUCCCGACUUUAGAACGCCGGGAACAGGCGACACUCUGGGUGGUCGCUUAAUUUAGAUUAUGUAGAUUUUCCAUGAACAAAUAUACCAUUUGUUUUAAUAUCCCAGGUUUUGCCAGAGACGUGGAGUUACACACCUUCUGCUCAUUACCUGUUUAUUACUUUCAAUGUUUUUAUGUGGAUUUCACUGUAUUAUGCCAACUCGAGAAAUCCGGGAUUUAUCCCGUGUAACAGUCCAGAUUACGAUAUGGCGUUAAAGCAAGUACGUAUGCCAUUUCUAACCAUAAUUGGUUUGGAGCGUUUGGAGCACGUUUUGCUGAAGAGUUAAUACCACAUGAUGUGUACAUUUUGUAUCUGUUAAUGUGCGUGACAUAAGCUAGUCUCUAGUCCCUCACACAGCGGUCUUUGUCUAGUCACGCAACGCUCCUCCCCAAGAAGUGGGUGACGAGACAAAAACGGCUGCGUGGGUGACUAGCUAGUCUCGUACAGUAACGUUUUUUGUCUUGUACAGCGGCCGUUUUUCGUGUCGUCGCGUCUCGCAGUCCGAGCGUUGCGUGACGACACAAAAAACAGUACCUUGGGUUUCAAAGGUUUUUUUCUUUCCGUCUCGAGAGUGUUAGCAAACCAUUAGCAUGGUUUAUUUCAUCCUAGGUAUUUUGAGAACGGACCUCUGGAACUAGGGUAAAAAAAAACAGCUGCAUUGGAGAAUAAGCAAAAGCCCAUAGAAUGGCAUUUUCCCUUUUUUGGAGGGGGCGGGGAAUCGCUUUUAUGUGUCGUGUGUUAAGAUUUUUUGUGUUCAACCUCACCGUUAGAAAGAGCUUGUUUUGCGUUCCGUUUCUUCUACUGUAUUGAUAAGUGUAAUUUUCGUACGCAGGUUCCGUUCUUCGAAGAGUGGCAGGUGAAGACUGGACAAAACCCUCUGGAAAAUCUCUGUCACACGUGUAGACUGGUGCGACCCCUGCGCGCAAAGCAUUGUAGGAUAUGUAACCGAUGCGUGAAGCAUUUUGACCAUCACUGUCCCUACAUAAAUAACUGCGUUGGUCUCUAUAACAGGUAUACAGUGUGUCUUUUCACGGUUGGGUGAGGGAGGAUGUAAGAAGCGUCACCUGAAUGAAACACCGUGCGGUUUGCAGAAGAGGAAAAUAUUACAUUUACCGUAUUUAUUCGAAUUAGCGCCCACCUCGAAUAAGCGCCCAUCCUCAAGGCGGAAAAAGUUAAUAAGCGCCCACCUCACCUCCCUCCCACUCCCACUCAGACUCAAAUAAGCGCCCACCCACUUCCCCCUACCACCCCAAGAAAAGGAAUAAGUACUAAUGAGAGACUUCCCGAAGAUGGAGUUUUCUUCAGAGUGUUUUGCAGAAACCUUGCUUUGUUACAUCUUCGCGUUUUGUUAUUACCAUUUACUAUUUUGUUGCAAAAUAUACAUACUACGAGAGGUUGGUUUAGAGGUUGUAAUUAAACGGAAGUCUAAUUCCUGGGACGUCCGCACAUUUUUUGUCGAUUGUUUGAAACGUCAUCAAGUCCAAGCGCGACUGCGUUAAAGCAAACAUGCAGAUUAUUGUAAUGGCGGCUGUUGAAUUCUCUCGUGACAACAUUGAAUGAAGGUUUGCGGGCCUCUUCGGAAAAUAAAUUAGUUGGUCUAAAAAUGACUUUGGUGAUAUUCACAUAUACCAAGGGCUAUACUGGGCGUUACCCUCUCUAUCUCAUGAAAAUAGCAACGGAAAAAAAGAAACAUGAGAGUUUUGCGGCUGAAAGCCGCUUCUUUUCUUUCCUGUUUUCAUGAUAUGUUCAUUAUAGUUGAUCCUAAUCCAUUUGAGCUCAUUAAUUUAAUGCUCAAGAUGUUGUGAAGAUAUAAGUCAGUAUGAAUGUAACAAGAUGAAAGUGUACUACAGAUGAUAUUUGUUGACCUUGCAGUGACGUUAACAAUAAAACCAGCGUAAUGUGUGUUCUUUUCAGAGGGCCGUUCUUGAUAUUUGUAGCGUGCGUGGCAGCUUGCAGUAUAAUGACGGUGUACUUUGCCAUCAUUUUGCUUCGUUUGGGUGGAUUCAGCUGGAUAUAUAGUAUUGGAUUGCUUCAAUUUAUUGUGGUGUCCGCUCUCAUGUCAGCUCUGUUUAUCUUUAUUGUAAGUAAAACCCUUUUGUUGUUGAUACAUAAAUAACUCCAUUUAGUCACUCUUGGUUUCCUGUUGGCCACGCCUAUAAGAUGUCCCCGUUCCCCGCCGUCCUAAGUUUUGCAAACGCUGGUCGCUCUGAUAAAGGUCUGUGUAUGUUUUAAACAGCAGAUAACAGGAUGUGCCGUUGACUCUUCCAUCAGACACCUGUCUAAGCCAGAGUGUCAUAACAAUUAAAAUUAUGCAAAUUUCCGUUGAAUGGUAAAAAUAAAUGGAAGAUAAAUAGUUCAGUUAAAGAAUAAAGACGUAACACAUUUGUUUUCACAGAAGAAAGAAAUACUUGCGUCAUUUUCCAAACAACAAGAAGAAGAAGAAGAAUUGUGUCGCUCGAGCAAUGUCAAACAAAAUUUCAUUUAUGGAUAAGGCGUUAUUUCCUGUUUUCUUUCUGCCCAACAAUGACUUUCUUUUUGAUAGGUAAAUCAAAUUUCUAUCAACCUUACUACCAACGAAAGAAUCAACAAGAAGCGAUAUGUGUACCUCAGAGGACCAUCCGGAAUAUUUCUUAAUCCUUUUGACAGGGGCUGUCUUAAGAACUGGCUAGAGUAUUUUCAUUGGGUUGAACCUUAUGACAAGAAACCCAACCUUAUGUACAAUGUCUGA